GGGGUAGGAUCGGAUCGUUGGUGGUAGGGUGAACAUGGAACUGCGCAAUGCAGGCUGUGAGAAUGGCCCGUGCUUUGAAGAAGGGGUACGUUAAUUAGCUUGGCGAGAAUCUUGCAGUCAUCUGGAAUGCAAUAAGAAAAGCUUCAGAUCCUGGGUCCGGAGACGACGACGACGAUGAUGAUGAUGCUUGAGUAGUUGAAGUUUUAUUCUGGAAGAGUUUGUUGGGUGUUGUAGGAUUCCAGAGGAUUCUCUUGAACGAUUCGAGAAGCUGGAGCGAUCCAGGAUCACAAUUCAAGGCAGAUGCUCUUCCGCAUAUACAGGGGGUUCAUCUAUGUCUCCUUCGUCACCAUUCCAUGGUAGAAGAGUAACCCGCAGAAGUUCUUGGUUCACAACGCCCCGCGGAGUGGUUUCGACGAAAGCGGUCGCCAGUAUGAUGACGAUCGAGAUUGACCGUAGGCAAGAUUAUGGUCCAGCUCCCCAAGAGUCAGAAAUGUUCUCAAUCGAUGGAUCAUAGAA